AUGGCCGCCAAAUCUCCCGUUGCCCUCAUCAUCGGCGCAGGUCCCAAUAUCGGCCAGUCCGUUGCCCGCAUCUUUGCCUCCAAGGGUUACAAGGUCGGCCUUGCCGCCCGCUCACUGAAGGAGGCCGACAGCACCGACACACAGCUGAACAUCCCGAGUGACUUCUCCAAGACCGACGAUGUGGUCGACGCCUUUACCAAAGUGAAGAAGGCGUUCGGCAUCCCCAGUGUCGUCAUCUACAACGUCAGCGCCGUCCACUUCACCCCGGCCGACGACCCCUUCGCCAUCUCCCUUGCCGACUUCAGUACGGACACGAACAUCAACAUCCACAGUGCCUUUGUGGCCGCGCAACAGGCCGUCUCGGGCUUCGCGCAGCUUCCGGCAUCAGCCGCGCGCACCUUCAUCUACACAGGCAACGUCCUAAACGUCGCAAUCAUCCCGCAGUUUCUCUCCGCGGGCGUGGGAAAGUCGGGCGCCGCUUACAUGAUCUGGCAGGCCUCGGCGGCGUACAAAGACCGUGGAUACAAAUUCUAUUACGCCGACGAACGCAAGCCGAAUGGAUCGCCCAAGUACAAAGUCGAUGGCGACGCACAUGCGGAUCUGUACUGGGAGCUAACCCAAAGCGAGGCGCAAGGCCCUUGGAUGCAGACAUUCGUCAAGGGCGUGGGAUACAAGAAGUUCGACACCCUGUACACGCCUCUCCCAUGA